GCUCUAAUGAAACGCAUUUUUCGCAUUUCGAUAAUUUCACCGGAUUCCUGGGCUUUUCUUAUGUCGUAUAUUAAAUUCACCGUAAAUUAUCAACUUUAUUUAUUGUGCUAGCGCAAAAGAUUAUUAAGCAAAUUAAGUUUUGUUCAACAGCAUGGCCUGACUGAAUUGCUUCACGUUUCGGUCAGCCAUGGCAUCUGACGUCGCAUCGUUGGAGCCGUCCGCUGACGAUGAUGUCAAGAAAAACGCUGACGAACAAAUUGACAAAGCAAAGGAUGAGACGGUGCCUGAACAAACUGAGGCAACAACCGCCGAUGAUGCGGCCAAAAAUGCUGCACAAUCGGAAGCAGAAGAAAAGAAGGUUAGCGUUAUGGAGGCACAUGGGUAUCUGCUCGGCACUAUCCUUGGCACAGGCUCCUAUGCUACCGUUAAAAUGGCCUUCUCCUCGCGGCAUAAAUGUAAAGUUGCUGUGAAAAUUGUUUCCAAGAAAAAGUCGCCCACAAGCUAUGUGCACAAGUUUUUGCCAAGAGAAAUUGAUGCCGUACGCAUACUGAGGCAUCCCAACAUCAUAUGCUUCCUUCAAUCAAUCGAGACCACCAACCGAGUGUAUCUUAUCAUGGAAGUGGCCGAUGGAGGUGACGUUUUGAAGGCGAUACGGGAUUCCAAACACAUCGAGGAGCCGGACGCUGGCAGGUGGUUUGGUCAGGUUCUAGGCGCCGUCGAUUACUGCCACAAACGAGGGGUCGUUCACAGAGAUCUGAAGUGUGAAAAUCUCCUUCUUGACCGUGCCAAGAACAUCAAAAUCACCGACUUCGGGUUCGCUCGUGUGUUCGAUCCCAAGGAGGCGAUGGAGCCGAGUAGCACGUUCUGCGGCAGCUACCCGUACGCCCCGCCGGAGAUUCUGCGCGGCAUCGCCUACCACCCGCCGUCGGCCGACGUCUGGAGCAUGGGCGUCAUCCUCUUCACCAUGGUGUUCGGCCGGCUGCCGUUCGACGACCACAACCACCGCACGCUCAUCAAGCAGGUGAUGGCCGGCCCCGUGUUCCCGGCGCGGCACGCCUACCAGCUCAAGGCGUCCACCGAACUCCGAGACCUGCUGGUCAAAAUUCUGAAGCCGAUGCCAGCGCGACCCGGUCUGGACAGCAUCAGGCAGGAUACUUGGUUCGCCAAACACUGCGCCGGCUCGGUGGUGGUGAAGCAGAGCAAGGACGGCACAUCACUGAUGGAGGUGCUCAAAGAGGACGAGAGUCCCGCGGUCGAGUCGGAAGACGCCUUCUCCGAGUUCUGAUCAAAGUCAGUGUGAUGUAAAGUCGCCACUAAGUUUGGUCUAUCGGAUUUGUGUUGGAUGUGGAAUUAUGAAGACUUAUAAGUUAUAAGAAACCUUACAUAAGUUGUGAGGUGCCAGUGUCUUCUGUUGAUGACGUUAUUAUGGGUUCACGUUAAAAACUUCUUCCCAUGUCUACCACAAGAAACUUAUAAGCUCCAUACAUAGGAAAUAUAUUCAUAACAAGUUGCAUCAA